AAUCUCUCUAAAAUCCCUCAAAAAUGCCAAUAAAAAAAUUCCAAGUACAAAAUUAAAUCCAAUAUUAAAUCCUUGCACUAACACCCAUCAGACAGUCAUCAGUCUCCAAAUAAUCAUUACCCAAUAAUUAAAAAACCCCAAACAACAACAAAAAACAUUAAAAGUCAACCAAAAAAAAAAAUCACAACAUUCCCAAAACAGUGCUAUAAUAAAUGAAACUAACGAAAAAAAAAAUGGAAUAAUCUCUGUGUUUACUCAACAAAAAAAAAAAAAAUUAAUCACACCCUGUUAAAGAUACCUGUAUUAAUUAGUGAAUAAUAAUAGUCAAUUGAUUUUAAAUAAGCCGCGAGUGAAGUUUAACCAGAGGGACCCAGGUGUUUGCUCCAAAAAUAAAAAAAAAAAAAAAAGAUAAAAAAUAAUACCAAGAAAUAAAAAAUGGCUGUUUUGUGACGUGCUCCUGUUAAAGGGUUACAGUGUUGUGUCUUAAAAAGUUGAAUAAUCCUUCAUGUGAUUAUUAAUAAUAAUAUAAAUUUAAAUAAAUAAAUAAUAAUGAUGAAUCUUCCGGCAAAUUAUACGCAAAUUCCUGGUUAUUUUGAAUGGUGAUUUGAAAGCUAAUUUUCCAAACGAGGAAAAAUUUUACUCGUUUUAAAAAUUGGAAGGUGAGGCGAUAUUUCUCGUCGCCACAUCGUCCAAGCUGGCAGCCGUGGAAGAUGUGGGUCCAAUACGGACCGAAACAACAGCGGCACGUUCAUCAGCCGCUUCCUUAAAAAUAUCUUCCAGUGCAAGAGCAACACUACAAUCACUGAGAUUACCACGUAAUAAUAAAAUUGCAACCUCCGCUAGCACCCGAGACGCUGAAACUAUUACUGAGGUGUGCAGCGGAGGGGAGCUUCCAGAAAUUGAGAUAAUAAGUCUACUCGAAGAACAGAUACCCAGGUAUCGUCUUCGUGCAGACACCCUAACGCAAUUUCAAGGAUACGAAAACGCUGAUUGGUUUAUUCCAACACCUGCUCUCAGACCAGAAGAGCAAAACGUUAAAUUAUCACCAGAUCAAAUUCGAGAAACACUUAAUUAUUUCAUUCUAUGUAGCAAUCGAGUGAGCCAAAUGACCAAGACCUAUAAUGAUAUUGAAGCAGUGACAAGGCUUCUGGAGGAGAAAGAAAAAGAUUUGGAAUUAACAGCACGAAUUGGCAAGGAACUUUUAACUCAUAAUCAAAAACUUGAAACAUCAAUAAAUAGUCUUGAAGUAGAAUUAAAAACAGCAAAUGAAAAAAUAACACAAUUAAGUCAUGAAUUAUUAAAAAAAACUGAAUUAAUACAAAUAUUAACAAAUGAUGGUGAUGAAUCGGGUUCGGAAGCGGAAACACCAACAGGUUUACGUGGUAUUAAUUUAGACAUGAUGCAACGUAGAAUAGCAACACUUGAAGAUGAAAAUAAAUUAUUAAAAACUGAAUUUACUCAGCUUGUUAGUGAUACUGAUGAUUGUGAAGAAAAAGAAAAACGUCUUGUUAUUGAUAUUGCAAGUCAAUUAUCAAAUGCAGAUAUGGAAAAUCAUGAAUUAUCUGAUGAAUUAUAUCGUGUUAAAGAAGAAAAUCGUAUACAACAUGAACAAAUAAUAUCAUUAACAUCAAAAUUAUCAGAAACAGAAUUACGAUUAGCAAAAUUAGUAGCUGAACAUGAUGAAAUUGGUACGACAUUAUUAAUAACACGUGAAAAUCAAAAUACACUUGCUGGUGAACUUGUUGAUUUUAAAGAACGUUAUCAAGAAGUUGUUAAUUUAUUAACUGAAACACAAGAACAAUUACGUAAACAACGUAAAAAAUAUAUGCCAACAGUACGUGGUGGUAGUUUAUUUCCAUCAAUAUGUGGUGUACCACAACCAGAUUCAAUUGCAUCAGAACUUGAAUCAUCACUUUAUUCAGAAUUAUCACUUGAUUCUGGUAUUGUUAGUGAUCGUAUUUCAACAUAUAAAAAAGUAUUUGAAACUGUACGUAGUGCAUCAAGAUCAUCUGGUAAUAAUUAUCAAUCAAAUAAUGAUACAAAUCAAUUUCCGCGAAUUGGAUCAAUGACAACAUCAACAUUAUCAUCUGGUUCAAGUGUACCAAGAAUGAGUUGUGGUUUAGUUGGACGUGGUUAUUCAAGUCUUGAUUCAACUGGUCAUAGUGAUUCAGAAGGUUCAUUAUUAACUGAUAAUGAUGAUUAUCCAGGACCACAACAAACUGGUGUACCUGGUGCACCUGGUGCUGCUGAUCUUGAAGCUGCAUUGAGACGUUUAACACCAGCUGAGGUUAUUGUUAGACGUGCAUGUUUAUCAACUGGUACUGGAUAUAAUUUUGAUUAUGACGGUGGUAUAUCACAUUCACCACCAAAUUUUUUACCUUUUGGUUGUCGUACACCUGACAGUAUUAUGUCCACUGGUUCAAGUGGUAAUUUAAGUGGUUUUUCAAAUAAUUCAAAUACAUGGAGAUUACCAGAAAAAUUACAAAUUAUUAAACCAAUGGAGGGCAGUCAAACUUUACAUCAUUGGAGUCAAUUAGCUACACCAACACUUGGUGGAUUACUUGAGGAAAGACCUGGUGUCAAAACAAGGGGAGGAAGAAAUCUUGAAGAUCUUGGACUUCAAACUUUUACUCUUGCUGAUCUUGAAGAAGAUGAAGAGUAUGCUAAUCCAGGAAAAUUAUUCCAAGAUACUGGUUCAGUAUAUACAUUUACAAAUAGCACAGUGCUACAUCCAGAAGAUCCAACUCUUGUAACAUCAAGUGUAAUGUCAAGUCGUGUUGCUACAGCUCCAUCAUCAGCAAUGAAUUCAGGAAUGAAUACACCACGUACAAUGUCACGUCGUAAUUCAACAACAACAUUUUCAACGACACUUGGUUUAGCUAAAAUGUUAAAUGAACGUGGUAUAAAAGGUGUUACAGCAUCAUGUGUUACAACACCAAGUAAUGAACGUAAUUAUACACCAACAGCAACACCAUAUAAUAGUCCAGAUGGUACACCACCACAUUCAAGAUCAACAUCACCAAAUAGAAUUAAAAAACAUACAAAUUUAAAAUCAUCAACAUCAAAUGAUGAAUCAAAUACAUCAAUGGAUUAUUCAUUUGGUUUAUUUUCAUCUGGGGCUGAAUUAUUAAAACGUACAUUUAGUGCUGAAUCAACACCAACAUCAUCAUCAUCAUCCGCAGCAAUAAAUCAACAAAAACGUAAAAGAAAACCAGCAUUAUCUAGAUCUGAUAAAAAAGCAUUAACAAGUAUAAGAUUAGUUGAAAAAUUAGAAAGAAUUGGUAUUGAUACAAUAAUGGCAACUGCUGGUAGUUCAACAAUGUCAUCAUUGACAUUACAAGGUGCAUUAUGUACAAGAAGAUCAAUUGAAAGUCCAAUGGCACAAUUGACAUUUUUAAAGGGCUCAAUAUCAUCAAGCUCAAUAUCAUCAGCAAGCAGUGAUUCAUUUUCUACAUCAAGAGGAAAAUUAAAAGAUACUAAAGAUAAUGGAAAUAGUAGUAAUAAUCGGGGGACAUUGUCCAGGGCUCAAAGUGGAAGACGACGUGGUGGUGGUAAUGGAGCAACUAGACCUGAUCUUGGACAAGUUAAUAGUGCUGUUAAUGUUCCAGUUACUAAAGAAUCAACAACACAAUCUGCACUUGGAACAAUUAGCUCUUUACUCUUUGGACGUAAAGGAGGACUACUGUAAACUGUAUCAGUUGUAAUUAUUAUAUAAAAAUGUUUUUUUUUUUAUAUAGCUAUUAAUUUUAAGUAGAAAUAGUUAUUUAAAUUAUUUUUUUUUUUUCUAGACUCAUUAUUUUACUCAUACAAGUUUGAGUAUAUUUAUCAAAAAAUAGAAAAAAAAAUGUAGAAAUUUUCUUUUUUAAAUAUGAAAUUACUUUUCAUGCUUUUUGACAUCUACAAUAUUUUUUUUUUUUUUUUUUAUUUCAUUGAUAGAGAUUUAUUGAUUGAAUAAUUGAUAAUCUAUUUUGUAAAUAGUUGAACAUGCAGAAACAUUGUGUUUCUGUGGCUCAGUAGAAUAUAAUAAGAAAAUUAUUGUUUUUUUUUUUUUUUCUUCUUAAAUUUUGUAACAAAAAUAAAGAAAGAAAAUUUAAAAAAAUAUACACGUUUCAUGGAGAAAGAAACGAGGCUGCACAAUCAGCCGAUGCUAAACUUGCGAUAAAAUAUUACUAGUCAGAUUGAAUUGAAAGUUUUGUGAAGAUUGUUGAGGAAUUGCCUUUAAUUGGAAAAUUAAAAAAAAUUUAAUAAUGUAAACGUCAACAUAUCUCAAUUUUUGUGUUUAAAUUGUUUUUUAAAAUUAAAAAAAAUUGUGAUUUGAUUGACGUAAGAAAAUAUGUAAAUAGUUGGAGGGUUUGUUAUGACUGCGAGUUAUUUUUGUUAUCCAUUAGUGGCAAUGUUAUUUUCAUUUCUUUCAGUUCAUUUGUGUUCUAUUUUCAAAGCACAAAAAAAAAUAACUUAAUUUUCAUUUAAACAAGAAAAAAACAGAUAAAGAACAUUGGUGCUAUUUUUAAACUAAUGAUCUUAUCUAUUAACUAGUAAAUAUUAUUGUUUAAAACAAUAUUGUGCAUUUUUUUGUUGCUACUGUCAGUCUUUUGUAUUUUUUUUUCUAAAGAAGACUGUGCAUCUAGCAUGUAUCUGAUAAAAGAACAAAACUGUUCUUAAUUAUUUUAUGUUAUUGAUAAUUAAUCGACGAUUAAUUAAUACAUCACUUUUGCUGCCAAUACGGAUUGCUGUGUAAUGAUUAAUUUAUUUAUUAAAAAAUACAUUUAAACAUUUAAAAAAAAAAAGGUGCAGCCUUGUAAAUAGUCGUACAAAUUUUAUUUUAUUUAACGAAAUUAAUAACUUAAAUUUGUUGUAUAAUUGUAAAACUUAAUACAAUGUAAAUUAUUUAUCAAAAUUAA